GUAUGAAGUGCACACUCUUAUCUCUUGGUUAUAUAUUCAUUAAUCUGUGCACCUGGUUUGUUUGUAUAUUGUAAUUAGUCUCUGUAGUUUAUGAUUGUAAUAAUACAAAUUUAUUUAUGAAUUUUAGUAAAUACUCAUGCCAUGGAAAAAUCUCCAGAAGAUAAUUUGUAUCAGGCUAUUCUAAUAGAAGAUCAAGAAGCUGUAUCUCAUUUAUUAAAACAAGGUGCAAAUCCAAAUAAAACUGCAAGCCACGGAAAAACAUGUUUAGGAGAAGCCGCAAAUGUUGGAAACGUUAGUAUAGUACGAUUACUUAUAGAUGCCACCAAAACAAAUUCUCCAACUAAAAUUCCACAUAGCGGAUCUUUAAGAAAAAUGCAUACAAAAUCACAAAAAAGAAAGUUGAGACUUGAUGGACAACAUGAUGAAACUGUUGUGAAAUGUAAAAAUAUAAAUGAAAGAAGUUUUAAAGAAUAUUGCAUGGGCCAUUGUAAUAUUGGUGCCAUACAAGAAAGCAGUAACAUGGAAAAAAAUCAGGGUUAUUUUGUUUUUAUACACAGUGAAGGGUCUACCAGUGAUGAAAGCAAAAUGUCAAGUUUAAAAUCCCCUUUGAGUCCUACCACCUUAACACCUUCACCUCAAGCUGAUCUUGAGUGGGAUGAGGAAAUAGGCAGUGUUGCACCAACAACUAGUGAAGAUGAAACUUGGUCCUCUAUGUACAAGUGGUAUGCAGCUAUAUUGGAAUGUACCGGUGCAGCCAUAGCUGCUGCAUCUGUAGUAACAAAUGGUAUUGAUCAACAAGACACUUUUAUGAGGACAGCUUUACAUUAUGCAGCAGAGCAGGGACAUGUGGAAGCUGUCAAGUUGUUAUUAGAUGCAGGAUGUAAAGUAGAUAUUUCAGCAAGUGAUGGUCUUACGCCAUUACACGUUGCAGUAAUUAGAAACCAUUUAGAAAUAGUCAAACUGCUAUUAGAGGGAGGAAGUCACGUAAAUUAUACAACUCAUAAAAAAAUGACGCCACUUCAUUUUGCAGCAUCACAGGGUUUCUUAGAUAUGGUAAAAAUUCUAGUCAGUUAUGGAGCAUAUUUAGAAGCAAGAGAUACAAACGAACGCUCAGCUUUAUAUUUAGCUGCCGGACAAGGUCACAUUGAUGUGGUCAAGUAUCUUAUAUCUUUAGGAGCUAAUGUCAAUGGUGAAGAAAUUCAUGGAUAUACACCCCUAUGUGAAGCAGUAUGGCACAGAUAUACGAAUGUUGUAGAAGUGUUAUUAGCGGCGGGUGCUCGUGUAACUCAUUCUCAUAAAUUAUUACACAAUGCCAUAAUACAAAGACAGGAGGAGAUAGUGAAAAUGCUCGCUAAUCUUGGUGGAGGUAUAAAUUUACAUAAUGAUAACGGCGAUACGCCACUGCUAUUGGCAGCGCGAUUGUCACAACCCAGUAUUGCACAAGUUUUACUCGAGAAAGGUGCAAAUGUUAACGCGUGCAAUAGUAUAACAGGUGCAAAUGCAUUGCAUAUUGCUGUUGAAAGUAUAGACUGUCCGAAGGAAUUUGAAGAAUUGCUAGUCUGUUUAUUAGAAUAUAAAAUAGAAACAAAUUCAACUGCUCUGACUGGUGACACAGCAUUAAAUAGAGCUUUGCUUUUACAUAGAGAUCACGCGGCAAUGUUGUUAAUACGACAUGGUGUAGAUGUGAAUGCCUGUGAUUUACGUUCGUGUGGCCUGGAUAAUUUAUCUAUAGCAAGUAGAAAAAUAUCACCAAACCUUGCUUGUAUGUUAUUAAGGGCUGGACAUUGUACAACACUUGACCCUAUUGCAAUGGUUCCUAAAUCAGGGAGUGCGGCUUAUUGGCUCUACUACGCUUCAAAACAGCCGUUAAACUUAACAGACCUUUGUAGAAUAAAAAUUAGACAUACAUGUAGAAAUAUGAGGUUGUUUUCUUAUAUAGAAAAUUUACCUUUACCUAAGAGCUUAAAAAGAUUUUUAAAGAUGGAAGAUGAAGGUCUGUAUUAAGUAGAACUUUUAAAUAAUUUUAAAAUAUAUCAUGUACGAUCGUGUUGCAUAUUCUAGAAAUAAAAUAAGUUAAUGUUACAAAUAA